GUGUUGUCCGGAUGAGGGUUCGGGAAGGUUUGGCGAGUGCACUGCACCAGAUUCCCUACCCGCGUCUCCGUCGGCUCCCCCACUUCAGGGCUUCAGACUGAAAGAGCAUCUCGGGAGAAGGCCUUCUAGCCCCGAAGCAGCCUAUGCAGAGACCCCCCCCAAUUCUGAUCUUGAAGUUGGAGGCCCCCGUGAAGUUCGUUUCUAACCUUUUAGAAGAGUUAGAGGCUGCCUGACCCCAGCCUAGUGUGUGGGGUGCCGAGGCUCGGGCAGCAUGACGACGGAGACCUUCGUGAAGGAUAUCAAGCCCGGGCUCAAGAAUCUGAACCUCAUUUUCAUUGUGCUGGAGACAGGUCGAGUGACCAAGACAAAGGACGGGCAUGAGGUUCGGACCUGCAAAGUGGCAGACAAAACGGGCAGCAUCAAUAUCUCCGUCUGGGACGACGUGGGCAACUUGAUUCAGCCUGGGGACAUUAUCCGGCUCACCAAAGGGUACGCUUCAGUGUUCAAAGGUUGUCUGACACUGUACACUGGCCGUGGGGGUGAUCUUCAGAAAAUUGGAGAAUUCUGUAUGGUUUAUUCUGAGGUUCCUAACUUCAGUGAGCCAAACCCAGAGUACAGCGCCCAGCAGGCACCCAACAAGACGGUGCAGAACGACAGCAGCCCUACGGCUCCCCAGCCUACCACCGGACCGCCUGCCACCUCUCCAGCCUCUGAGAGCCAGAACGGGAAUGGACUAAGCGCCCCACCAGGUCCUGGUGGUGGCCCGCACCCCCCUCACACUCCUUCCCACCCCCCCAGCACCCGAAUUACCCGAAGCCAGCCCAACCACACACCUGCUGGCCCUCCUGGCCCUUCCAGCAACCCUGUCAGUAACGGCAAAGAAACCCGGAGAAGCAGCAAGAGAUAGCAAGACAUUCUUCCCUUCCUGCCACCAACCAUAACCCAAGUGUCUGCUAGAGGGCAACACAGCCGUCUACUGGGAGGCUGGCUUUGGGAGGUGUGGGGGAGGUAGCCGUAUUUUAGCCACUAAACUUCACUGGAGGGGUGGUGAGCAGUGGCCUUAUCCACUCCAAGCCCAUACUCCCCCCUUGUCCAGCUGAAGCUGCCCAACCCCUGGGAUUCAGGCCCUCUGCCUGCCCUACUUCCUCUUUAGAAACGACAGUUACAGUCGGUUUGUUGUGUGUGUGAUGUGGAAGUCUGAAUCCCUCCUUCCUAAUAAAUGUUACCACUCUG